AUGAAUAUUCAUCGACUUCUCGAUAAUUCUGAAGAGGUUUAUUCUUCCGUUGUAUUUAAUAAAGAAUUCGAUGAAGAUAAUAAUCAAGAAUAUAUUAAUCAAGAGACACCAGAAAAUAAGAAUGUUGGACCUGACUUUAUUUUUAGUGGAAAUUUAUCGGCUUAUGAUUACUUCGCAAGUCGUGAUAAUCGAAAUUCAUCUGGUCAUACCUUAUCAACGUUAACUUCAUUCAUUCGACCCUAUGAAUUUUCACCUUUGUCUCCACCAACUAAUAGUAAAGAAAAAAACAUUUAUUAUGAACCACGAGAGAGACUUUUACUUGAUGGUGCAGAGCUUUGGUCUCAAUUUUAUCGUGUUGAAAACGAAAUGAUCAUUACAAAAUCGGGCAGAUGCAUGUUUCCAUUAUUAAAAUAUAAACCUGUGAAUCUUGAUCCAUCUGCUAAAUAUUCUUUUAUCGUUGAUUUUAUUCAAGUAUCUCCUACUCGCUUUCGAUUUAAAAAGGGUAGUUGGGUUUCUAUUGGUAUUGAUAAACGUAAAUUUUCUCUAAACAAUUUGGGUAAUCGAAACGGGAGGAUUAAAACUGGCAUGGUCGGCGGUCGUCCAUUUACACAUCCUGAUUCCCCACAGUCAGGUGCCUAUUGGAUGGAUUCUGGUGUCAAUUUCCCAAAAAUUAAGCUCACAAAUCGUCCAUGUCAUAAUAAUCAAUCAAAAUCGAAAAAACGAGGACGCCCACGAAAUUCUGGACCGAAUAAUUCAUCUUCUUUACCUGAUGGUCAUUUUUGUUUGACCUCUUUCCAUAAAUAUCAACCUCGCGUGAAAAUGAUUAAACAUGCGACUGAUAUUAAUGACCACGAUCAAGAGAUAAUCACUGCAUUCGAAGAAACUACUUUUAUUGCUGUUACUCAUUAUCAAAAUGAUGCUGUUAAUUCUUUAAAGAAAAAUUAUAAUCCUCACGCUAAAGGAUUUAAGGAUAUGGAUUCCAAAGAUUUGGACUGUGAUCAAUUAUAUUAUUCUGAUGAAACUGAAAUUUCAGAUAAUGAGUCCCAAAAUGAAUUUGAUUCUGAUUUCGACCGUGCUGAUGAAAAUGAUAAUCUUCGAAACAAAAUUAGAUUAGAUAAUGAUUCUUUUUUUAAGUCGACUUCUUCAAGUGGUAGCAUGGAUCUUUUAACGUCUGAAAAGUCUGGUACGGCAACAAAAAAAAUUAGACCAAAUUUUACAAGACAUGUUUCAGCUGAAGAAAUUAGAACUCGCCAGACGGGUAUUUAUCACAGUAAUAAUCGCACGAAAGUUACAAAAUACACAUCGAAGGAUCAAUAUGCUAUAUCUGAAAAUAUUAUUCCUAAUCAUGAGACUCAUAAUUGGUUAGAUUUAAAUAUUAGUUCCAACUUGAAAAAUACGUCUUCUAAACAUCGACCAAAACUUGAUAAAUCCAUUUCAAUACCAUCUUUCAAAUUUUUCGAUCCAUUUAAUAAAAGCCUUAUUACUCCAAUUUCCCCACAUAAGAUUGAUCAACAACCAACUGCGACUGGAUUUCCCUGGAUUACUAAACAUACUCAUAACGAAUAUGGUAGGGACACUAAUAUGACACAAAGGCAAUAUAAGUUAAACGCCUUUCAGCCAAAAGAUGGAUCAAAAGAUGAAUCAGAUGAUGAAUUACCGCAACGAUGUGCUCCACACCAAAAUACACCUCAAUGGGCAUUUCCAGUUACUCCACCAACACCAAUUUCUCCUAACGGCAAGGGCUUCACAACCUCUCCUCCUAUUAAUCCUUAUUUGUCUCGUCUCGAACGUGCUGAAAAUGAAAACAUGAAAUUGAGAGAAUUCAUUCGUGAAAGAUACGGUAUUGAAGCAGAAAAAGAAGCCGACGCUGUGGUCGCUCUUGGAAGAAAUUCAUAA